AUGCUGUUUCACAUCAACAUUCACGACCGCACCGCCAACUGCGUCGACGCUCUCUUCGAAUGCCUCAACAUUAUCCAACACCAUGCCGGACAAGCCCCAGAGGUCUUUGUCUCUCUCGCCGGUAACGAAAUCAUACCUCCUUUAUCCGUGCUGGUCUUCGCCGCUGUUGUGGACAUCACCCGCCGACAAUGGGAAGCUCGAACCUCCUUCCAGCCUCCUCCAGAGACGUCCGGUGUUUCCGGCUGGUUCGCGCCCGGCGCAUACUACGCCUGGCUUCUCAACGCUAUUGCCCUCGUCUGCGAGUCCGGAAUGAUCAGCACUUCCGAUGAGGUGUUCUCACUGAGGUUUGCCUCAAUGAUACUCGUCAUUUCCUACGCCGCCGCUGCUGGAGUCGCCUUGCUGUAUGGUGUCGCACAUCCUUCGCAGUACACACAGCCGAAGUUCGAUGCCGCAGAUCGAGUUACAAUGAUCGGGUGGAUCGUCGACGCGCACUACCUGUUGCAAAGGCUUGUGUGUAAGCUUAAGACCCUACCUGCGGGGGUCGAGCCUGUGGAAUUAGAAGGUGUACCCGUCAAUGGUCUUGCUUCACCUUCACCUCUUUCGUCCGCGGCAUCAUCCAUCAACCACGGCGAGGAUCUAUUCGACGCUCCGGAUGCGAUCCAUUCGUUCACGGAUACCGAGCAUGCCGCAGGACACCAAGUUCCACUUCUCUUCACACCCUUGCUCUCCCAUUCUCAAAGCCUCCGCUCCCUCCGCUUCCGCCAGACCAUCCGCUUCUGGACUCCAUCCCUCCAAACCGCUACCUGGCUCGCCCUGGAGCUCUUUCUCACCAUCGCCAUGCUUGCCUAUAACAUCCAACAUGGCAACCUUCUCUCCCGGCUCCUCCUCUGCGGCGUCCCGUUCCUCACUUUCAUUGCUGCCCCACUCUCCGCUAUCUACUACUGGCGCUACGAGCGCUGGGCCACGCACUCGAUCGUCAUCGGUACUCUCACCAUCUCUAUCAUAUAUUUGUUUACGCCUCGCCGUUGGCGCUACGACCCCGAUAGCCCCACUGCGCCGCGUUCAGCUGCGAAUCUGAGCGAUUGGGAUCAGGCAACGCAGCUGGCAGUCGGGUGCUUGUGCUUUAUCAUCCCGCUUCUGUUGCGUUUGACGAAGCGGGGAAAGGAUUUCCAAUCACGCGUGAGCAUGUGGGUGUGUGGGUUAGGACGACAGCUCAAGGGCAAGAUGCUGCAGGGCAGGGAGAGAAGGACGAGGCAUGUGGGCGGAGAUCUAGCAGUGGAUACAAGCUAUCAUGGGGCUCAGGGUGGAGCUAGUGGCGGAGGUGGGGCGGAGGACACGGAUCGGCUCCUGGGUGGGGGCGAAUUUUGA